UUCUCCGGAAACCAUUCUGCGUUCCGCAAACCAGCGAAACUCGUACGUUCUCCAAACUUUCCUCUCCACUGAAGCCAACUGCCCUACCUAGUAGCCUCUCGCAGAGUCGCAGAUCGCUCCUCCUCCUUCACCUUGCCAGUUCCAUUCGCCACGGUGGUUUUGUUGCAGCGUCUCCCGUCGCCUCCAAUUCGCCAAUUUGGGACCUCUUAACUCGUCUCCUGAGUCCUAGCGAUUAGCUUACCACCUCGCUUGCUCGCUGCGCACCAGCCUCCAGAUUCCAUAUCUCUUCUACGCCUUCACUUCCUCUUCACUGAAUCGAGAUUGAAAAAAUACUGGGAUUCAGGAGAUAUGUUGUUGGUUUGUUAGUGCCUUGGUGGAUUCUAUACAAACUGAAGAUUCAUUUGUCACAUUUUCCAGAGUUGCAGCAAUGUCUAGUAGAAACCGUCUGCCGUCUCGCCAACAUGAUAACUAUAGAGGAUACCGUGAUGGCCCACCUCCACCACAGGCUGUUAUGCAACGAGGACCCCGCCAACUCCCUCAUCCUCAUCCUCAUCCUGCUGCCCUUGAAGAGGAACUUGAAAUCCAGCACAGAGAUAUGCAAAGAAUUGUUGCUGAGAAUCGGCAUGUACUUGAUGAGAAUGUGAUGCUUGAAAGGGAGUUGACUGCCACAAAAGAUAAGAUUCUAAGAAUAACCCAAUCCAUUUCUAAACUGCAUGCUGACAAUGACGCAGAAGCAAGAGAGUAUAUUGAAAGAGGACUGAGACUAGAGAGAGAGCUUCACUCUGCCGAACCUCUGCGAGAGGAAGUUGGGUCUUACAGAUCUGAACUCCAAAAACUUACUGCUUUGCAACAGGAGUUAACUACCCAAGUUCAAAGUUUAACAAAGGAUCUUGAGAAACUGCAAAAUGAGAAUAAGGAACUCUCUGCCAUGAAGUCUGAAAUUGAUGGGAUGCACAGAGAGCUUGAUGAAACAAGGAGAGAAUUUGAGCAUGAGAAGAAAGAAAACAAGGAGAUCUUUGAAGAAAACAAAGCAAUGAAGAAAAAUCUUGUCUCCGUGGCUCGUGAAAUUGAAAGGCUCCGGGCAGAGCAGAUGGCUGCAAAUAGGAGAGCACGUGGAAUUGGUGUUGGACCAUAUGGAAUGUUGAAUGGAAGUGUUGACGUGGGUUAUUCAGAUAGUUUGUAUGGAGGCGAUCCAUAUCAUACAGGAGCUUGGGGACCCUAUGACAGGAGAGGUCCCCCAAGGUGAUGAGUUUUGUAUUAAAUCUCUGGGAUAAGCUUCCCAUACCUUUUGCUGGUGUAGAAGCAAACAUAUAGUUUUGGGGUUUCUCUAGGUAACUUUGUUGUGGUAAAACUUUUUUAGGCAUCAAUCUGCUGCACUUUGUAUCUCACUGCCUUGGUUAGUUCAGCGGAUUUGAGCCUGUUUAAUAAGGUCAAAUCACAACAUCUUCGAUCCGCCGAGUAAAAUUAUGAGCUUGUGUAGUGGCAUGGAAAAUUGCACUUUUGAUCUCUCAUUUAUUCCAUGUUCUACAAUAGGUAUCUGUUUUUUCAUUUUUUCUUAAUGUCGUUCCUCAAUUGUGUGACAUGUUGCCAAAGCCCAAAGUAGUCUUUGCUGUGAUUAAUUUAGCAAACUCUUUUUAUAUUAUGAAUGAGAGUGGCUAGUUUUAGUUCUUA